UCUAUAUGUUGAAGCCAAAGUCCAAAGCAAUAUUGUGGAUUGUUUUGGAGAGACGGUUGGCUGCUACAGCAAUAGUUUAAUAUUGAGGUGGACUUUGAUAGUUUUGAUUGCACUCUUCAACAAACAGGGAAGAAAGAUCAGAAGGAGAGAAAGAGACAUUCAACUAACUUGUUCUCAGGAGUAUUUGAAGUUUGAGAAGAAUUCGAAGAUGGGUUACUGGAAAACAAAGGUGCUUCCCACAAUCAAGAAGGUUUUUGAGAACAAGACCAGUGUCAAGAAGGCUGCUGCUGCUGAAGCUUGCAAGUCUUUUGAUGAGUCUAAGGAGAGUUAUGACAAGGAGUUUGAAGAGAAGAAAUCUGACUAUCAAGUAAAAGUACUUGAAUUAUAUGAAAGUUCCUCUGCUGAACUCAAGACUCUGGUUAAGGAGAGGAAGGAGGCAGCUUUGAAGAAGUACUCUGCUGCAGUCGAUAAGUUCCUUGAAGAGCUUUCCAAAAUAGAAUUUCCAGGAUCAAAACCAGUCUCAGAAGCAUCAUCAAAGUAUGGAGCUGCCUACGUCUCAGGUCCAGUGUUCUAUGUGUUUGAGAAGGUCUCAACGUAUAUUGUGACAGAAGAGAAGGUAGAGGAGCCAACGCCAACAGAACCAACACCAGCUAAAGCCGAAGAGGAAACAAGUUCCUCAAAAGAAAAGGAGAUAGUGAUCGAAGAAGAGAAAAAAGAAGAGCUUGUUGAGGUGAAGAAAGAAGAAGAAGAGGUGGUGGUGGUGGAGAAGAAGAAGGAAGAGCCUGAAGCAUGUGUUGAGGAAAAGCCUAAGGUUGAGGAAGCUGCUCCUGCUGCUGGAGAACCAGCUAAGCCUUGAGGACCAAUCAAGGACAUGAUGAAGUAGUAAGACCCCAAUUGUUUGUGAAAAAGUCCACUUUGGAGAUUUGUUAUUCUUUAAAAUACCUGUAAUCUAUUUGGUAAUAUUUGUUCGUGAAGAUUUUCAGAAAACUGUGUUUCAGUUUAUAUAUCUCUCUUUGUAUGUAUUGGUCGAUCAAUCAAAUGAAACCUCUGUGAAUUAAUAUUACUAUGUAAUAUUUCUUACAGUUCUGCAAGGAAGAAUGAAAGUUCUGUUUGUUAUU